AUGAACUUUCCUAUCGUUGAUGCGUGGGCAAACCCUAUUGGAGGGAAGCCAAUCCCAGAAGUCGAACGUCUCUUCCGUCAAAGCCAUGUCGAACCCGCGCUUACAUCUCGUCGGCCCACCCCAAAAGAAUUGGUCGCCAUGAUGGACGCAGCCGGCGUAUCUCAGAUCUGUCUAGCAUCAUGGCGCCGACCGAGCCAGAUCAUCUUCUCUAACGAGGAAGUCGCCGAGUAUACACGAGCCUAUCCCACUCGAAUCUUUGGGCUUGCAUCGGUAGACCUCCUCGAUCCAGUCAGUGCCGUCAAAGAACUCGAACAUUAUGUCGUCAAGGAGGGCUUCAAAGGUCUACGGGUCGUCCCCUGGCUAUGGAAUUUACCGCCCAUGGAUGCCCACUAUUGGCCCUUAUACGUAAAGUGCAUCGAGCUCGAUGUUCCUUUCUGUACACAAGUUGGACACACGGGUCCACUUUGUCCAAGUGAAACAGGACGACCGAUUCCCUACAUCGACACCAUUGCACUAAAGUUUCCCCAGCUGAAGAUAAUAUGUGGUCACAUCGGUUAUCCAUGGACGGCCGAGAUGGUGGGGGUGGCGUGGAAGCAUGAGAACGUGUACAUUGACACCAGCGCGUACCUCCCCAAAUAUUACCCCUCGGAGCUGAUCACCUUUGCCAAUACGACAGGUCGCAAAAAGGUCAUGUUUGGAACAAAUUUUCCACAACUAUCAUGGAAAGCUUGCGUGGAGAGUGUUGGCAAACAUUUGAUGGACCAAGGAAAUGGCCUGAGGAAUGCAGUUGUUGCCGACUUCAUGGGCGGCAACGCGAGACGAGUUCUGAAAUUGGACGACCCCAGCUCUGGAAAUUCUAAAGCAUCAUUGUGA